UACUUUGGCUCAUAACAUUUUAUAAAAAACUUCUACCGCUCCCAGAUUGAGAAACUAGACACAAGAGCAGCAAAAAUGAGGAAAUCGUUUAGAAGCGCAAGACAAGUUAAAAGUACCACCAGAAACUAAAUAGAUGUUGUAAAUUUGUUUGAAAACGGCACUUCGGUUGAUAAUAAGUUAUUAUUUUUCCCAGCGCUGGUAUGGCGAGCAGACCCAAACGCCAAAGUCAUUCCAUUGAAGACUUGUUGCAGCUGAGGCCGGCCAAAAAUUCGCAACGGCCGGCUGGAUCAUCUAGAAGGCUUAUUCUAUCUUUGAAUGAAUCUCAGGGUAGAAAGGUGCAAACGCAUUCGCACGGGAACGUCGCGGAAACAUCUUCGGAGUCACCAGCUGCGACCAGAAGCGAAGAUUCCAUAACGUCGAGACCCUCUUAUUCGAGGGCCAUGAAUAGCGUUGUCGACGAACGUAGGCCUGGAGGCAGCGUACGGGCUGAAAGCAGAUCGACUCGUCCGUUUGGAUAUUCCCAUCUGAAGAAGAGAAAAACAGACAAUACGAUCGGUAUGGCCGCGGUGGCGAAAAGUUUUACAAAGCUUGAAACGCUGGACGAUAAACGCAGGAAAAAGUCGGACGAGACUGCGGCGAAACCUUUGCUCCUGCCGCAGAAGAAGCGGGUUCUGCCCGCAUCUUCCGCCAGCAGUCCCGCAAAGAAAAGUCAAAAACUGUCGCCUAUGGUCAACGUGGCGGAGACGGAGGCGGCAGACGACGAAACUCUAAUUAGAGAGACCGAAGCGGCUCUAAAAAAUUUAGGUAGCUGGCCGGGACCAAGGGGUUCUUACAAUUCUCAGAACGAAGAAUCUCCGGCGUUCGAAAAUCUAUUCGACGAGAAGAAAGCCAGCGUGAAAAUGUCGCCUUCAUCGGCUUCCAAUAGCAGUACCGACAACGCGUGUUCGCUAAAAGACGUAAUAACACUUAGAGAAGAGGAAAAGUCUGACAAUACCAAAUGCAAGAGCGUUAGAGUGAAACAAGAAAUUACCGACGAUGACGGAGACAGGAGGAAAAACGAAUAUCAUCCGCCCGAUUUCAACGAGCUCGUAGACGAUUCUUCGAACGAAUUGGAAAUCGAUAUGUCGGAAGCGGCGUCCGAGAAAAACGAAUUUAGUGAUAAAUCGGACCAUUCUGGUGAAAAACACAAGAGGAAACAAGACGAGCGUCAGUCGAAAUAUACGGAAUCGAGCUUUUCUACAUUUUCUAGGUCAAUUAACCCUUCGACUUCGCCGUUCUCCUCGACGUCGGCGUUUCGACCGCCUCAGCCCAGUAAAAACUUGACAAAUCUGGGACCAUAUCCGGCAGAAGCAACCUUUGUCGGCUAUCCAUCGAUGGAUCAAACGGGGCCAGUCGAUGAUAAGCCUAAAAAUAUCUUAAAACCCAUCGAAACAGCCACUGAAGCCCCGUCAGCUAAAUCACCAGAUGCGGCUAAUAAACAAUACACGAUUCUUCAGCCCGCCAAUAUCCGAUCGAGAGCCGCUAAUGUCCUGCAAGAGGUAGCGAGGGAAGGGGUUCCAACUGUUGCGGCCGUGGAAAGUUCGUCUGUUGAGUCUUCGAAGUCCGGCACUCCUACCGGAUCACUUUCACCGAAUAGUAUAGGCAGAGAGGGCAGCAAGUGUCCAACGCCAGGAUGUGCGGGUCAAGGACACGUGACGGGAUUAUAUUCGCACCACAGAAGUAUUUCUGGAUGUCCACGUAAAGAUAAAGUAACACCGGAAAUUCUAGCUAUGCAUGAAACUAUCCUCAAAUGUCCGACGCCGGGUUGCAACGGCAGGGGACACGUAAGCUCGAACAGAAACUCGCACAGAAGUUUGUCAGGUUGUCCAGUGGCGGCAGCUAAUAAGCAAGCAGCCAGGGAGCAAAAAUACCACACUAGUUUUCAUCAUAGACUAAAACCAAACCCGCUGUUUGGUACGUGCCAAAGUGACUUUUCGAACUCGACAUCUUCCUACGAGGGCAAAAGGACGCCCACAGACGACGUGAAGUCCAAUUACAUAGUCCCAUCGUACUCCAACGUACCGACUACCAAUGCCGACGAAAAAUCCGCUUAUGACCAAUACUACAGCGGUAAAACUAACCCAAUCAAACCGGAUGCGAUGAAGGUACCUAAACCAGAAGUCGCAACCAGCUGCAGUAUGUCCGGUUCGAACGAAUUACUAGUACCGAAAACCGAACUCACAACCAGCUCUUGUCGAUCACCUCCGUCUGGGAUCCGAUCAGCUUACGAGCCAUAUUUAAACCAAGAUUCAAAUUCGUCAUCGCUGUCUAGCAUGGAGACUAUGAAUUCCAGGAGCUCCCAUCAGAUGCAUCAUUUAAGCCCACAUCCCAGCUCGCAGCCUUAUAACAUGGAUCCGCAGAUGCCUCACAGAUCACCCUAUCACCAUUCCCCACUGUCAGAGGAAAUAUAUCACAGGGAAAGAGUAUACGCAGAAAUGACGGAGCCCGUAACGACAAUAGCAAGACCGAUAGUGACUUAUUCUAACGAUAUAGUGAACAGAUCAUACGAAACUUCGUUGGUCAACUCGGCGAGCCAUCGACCAUACGACCCGGGCACCGGUGGUAACAGUUUCGAACGAUACGAUUCGAGUCAGUGUGUAUCGCUCCAGCAACCUUUAGGACCUCCUCGAGUUCCUCCACAGGGUAUUUACGGUUACAUGGACGAAUCUCAAGAGCACAGGUACCAACAAGAAGUAGCUGCUGCCCAGCAACACCAAAUUGCGGCGGCAAACGCGCAGGGUCUUUUGAAGCAGGAAGAACAGGAACCAUCGGCACCAUUGUAUCCAAGGCCGAUGUAUCAAUACGACGCGUCCAGUGGCGGGCCCGGUCCCCUUCCGGUGGGGUUUUCGGCGAUCAACCUAUCAGUUAAAUGCGUGACGACGGCCCAAGCAGCCCAAAUGAAAGGCUCGGGUCCCCAUACCUCCCCCGGGGGCACAGUGAUCGAUCUUUCGACGUCUAGCGUUACCACCACCAGCCCACAGGUUGCCUACAGUUCGCCUCAUUACGGAGGCCAAAGGGUGGGCGGGAGCCCUCAAGCCGCGGCCAGUCCCCAUCUCUCAGCCAGCCCUCAAGUGCCCAGCCCACAGGGUCAAACUUUGGACCUGAGCGUCAGUCGUCUAUCCCACAGCGGAGUGAGACCUGUUGCUGCGUUCACCACCUCGGGUCCUCCUCCUGGAGUAUUGGCACCUGCUCCGGGUUCCGGAUACAGUAGGGAAUCGACUCCAGAUAGCGGCGGUUCCCACUACAUGGACGCCUACAGUCGGGAUCCGGCAGGGUAUGGAUCCAUGAGUCCCCAUCCAGGUUACGGGAUGACCACCGUCGCGUCGGACUAUGCGACGAACCCAUACACGGCACCAUAUCCCGCUCCAGCCGGAUACCCCUGCUCGACCGGAGGAUAUCCCGGAGCCGUCACCACAGGAGGUGGAUAUCCUGUGCCCCCAGGGGGUUAUUCGCCCGGGGCUUGUUACUCGAUGCCGCCGCCGCAGCAUUCGCUACCCCAGCACGACAAAUCGCCCAAGGACAGUUUGUCGGGAUGUCCCAGAUCAGACCGGGCGCAAAUUCAGGCACACUCUCAAGAACUCAAGUGCCCCACUCCAGGGUGCGACGGUUCGGGACAUGUAACGGGAAACUACUCAUCUCACCGAAGCUUGUCCGGAUGCCCGAGAGCUAAUAAACCCAAAAGCAAACCCCGAGACGGACAGGAUUCAGAACCACUCAGUGCAUCGGGCUGUCCAAUAGCUAACAGAAACAAGAUGCGUGUACUUGAGAGUGGCGGUACAGUGGAACAACACAAAGCGGCGGUGGCGGCCGCUACGGCCAUGAAAUUCGAGGGAGUUAACUGUCCCACACCCGGAUGCGACGGAACUGGACACAUCAACGGUUCUUUUUUAACGCAUCGAUCCCUUAGCGGUUGUCCCGUAGCGGGCCAGACUGUCAAGAAGAGCAAAUAUCCAGAAGAUAUGCCGUUUUAUGCUAAGGGAUAUACGGGGAUGGAACAAAAUCCAAACGGCGGCGAAGAUUUAAUGACUUUGGAGGCGGAAAUCUCGGAACUGCAGCGGGAAAAUGCGCGAGUCGAAUCUCAGAUGCUCAAAUUGAAGUCUGACAUUAACGCGAUGGAAAAUCACCUAACACACGGCGAAAAGGAAACGCAAGCGCUCACCCAAAGGAGCAACAAUUUGAACGAAUACUACGAAAGUCUAAGGAACAACGUCAUCACUUUGCUGGAACACGUGCGGCUACCAGGUGGCGCUGCGCCACCCGAAAAAAUCGGUCAGGAAAAUUUCGAUUCGUACCUAACCAAACUACAAACUCUGUGCACACCGGAAGGGUAUUGUAGUGACGAAAACAGGCCGUUGUACGAAACGGUAAAAUGCGCGUUACAAGACUUUACCGUGUUACCCACACCUAUUUAAUGUGCGUGGCCCUUCAAACCAAAACAUUCCUAGGAAGACGUCCCUUUAGAUUUUAAAAGCGUUGGGACAUGUGAUAACCGAUAUAUAAAAGUCUAUGCCCAGCAUAACACACACAGUAUUAUUGGUCAGGACAUGUUGAAUCAUUCGAAUUAUAUACAGGGUGAUACAAGAAUGUGGUGAGCACAAUAUGUCCCUUAUUUAUCACAAUUUAAAAAAAAUCAAUUAAUGCAACAUAACAACAAAAGAUAGGAAAUAUUUUUAAAAACUUGUUUCUCUAUGAUAUUCUACUAUCUUUCGAUAUGCUACUUACCUUGAUAUAGUCAAACACAUUAGUCAUAGGACAGUAUAGAAAAACAUAUUUUCUGUUUUUCGUAUUAACUCAGCAAAGUCGCAUUAAAAUUCAAAAAUAUUCGCGGUGUCAUAUAAGUAUGUCUUGCAGGAACCUUAAUGUGUGUAAAUCUUAUUCUUUUAUGAUACACCAGGUAUAAUUAUGUUUAAUAUAUAUUGAACAUAUAUUACUUUUCCGCACCACUGCACUACCCUGUAUAAUUAACAAACUUCAAUGGCUUUCAUUUACAUUUCGGAAAUUCAAAAUUCGGUACACAAAUGUUGAGAACGUAUUUUUCAAUGAAAACUGAGCUACAAUUACACUAUUUUUUACAGUUUAUUAAUUUUUGUUAACCUAAUAAAAAUUAAUGAAGGAGCUGUCGCAGCAAAUAAAAAAAAACUACAAACAUACACACACAUUGUAAACAUUUUCGAAUUUUUUAAAAUAAUUUAUAUCGAAAAUAAUAUUUUUAACUGAAAAUAACAAUUUUGCACUGAAGUUUUAAAUAAGACUGGACAAUUUACAAUGACGCUUUUACGCAAAAUAAAGUUCAAUCUGGCCCUCCGUGAAUCAGGUUAACACAUGUCUUGCACUUACAUUUUCUUCGUAUAUAAUUAAGGGCUAAAUGUUACCCAUAAGAAAACAUUUGUACGUAAUGUUAAAUUGUGAUCUCUGUAUAUAGUAGAGGUAAAAUAUUGUAUAGUAAAACCGCCUCAAUAAAUAUUAAUUGUAAAUAGAAACGAAACUGUAAAUAACCCUUUAGGUUGUACUUACUGUAUAAAACCUUAUUUAGCUGUUCGUUUCGUUACCUUCCUUAUUGUUAUUAUUUAUUAGCUGUAUAAAUUGUAAAAUUUUUUGAUUAAUUAUAGUUUAUAUUUUAAUAAUACGGCUUUAACCGCAUGGCUCUACGACUUUACGACAAACGUUUGAUGAAUACAAUGACGUUGUCGUUACUUUAGCGAGGGAAAGUUGUGAGGAAUCUACAAUUACUAGAAACCGCUGUAAUGUUACGAAUUUUGUUUUUUGUUACGUUUACGUUAAAAGUUAAACAUUUUUUUCACGACGUGCUAGGGCAUUUUUUUAGAUAAUCUGUGAUUAUGUAUACCUAGAGUAGGUAGUCUUAUUAUCAUUAUUAGAGUUGUUUACGAAAAUUAGAUGAUUCAGAAAUGUGCAAGGUAUUUAAAAUAAUAUACUCACAUGGUGUUCAAAUGGCAAAAAUAUGUUUCUGUUAACUUUUACGAUUGUUUCAACGCGUUUUAUCGUUUUCCCCUUCGACAGGAAAUGUUUUUACCCGUGCUAUUUAAUCUUACUGUUGUGUCUGUAAAUAAAACAAAAUGUACGCGGACUCUCAAUUCCUAAAGUAAUUAUUUGUUCACCAAAUAUAUAUGUUAAAUACAUGUGUUGUUAUUAUGAAUAAAGUAACUCA